CAGUCACGUAAAUGACAUCCGGGCAGUUCGCGGACGCAUCAUCAGUCGCGAAAUCAGCUGGAAAAACGGAAAAUACUAAAAAUUUACGGAAAAUUGUACGUGCUUUGCAGAUUUAGAUAAUAACCUAUUACAAUGGACGAUAACGAUGAGCUCGAAUACGUGGAAGAAGAUUAUUAUGCAUUCCUGAACGUGCCACGGAACGCCACAACGGAAGAAAUCAGCACUGCUUAUCGGAAUUUUAGCAGGAUGUACCAUCCGGACAAACACACGGAUGUUCGGAACAAGGAGAAAGCGGAGAUGAUGUUCAACCGGACUAAAAAGGCGUACGAGGUGUUGUCCGAUCCGCACCAGCGCGCGAUUUACGAUUCGCUCGGGAACAAGGGCCUGCAAACUGAAGGCUGGGAGCUGAUCCAGCGGACGAGAACUCCGGCGGAAAUCCGCGAAGAGUACGAACGCCUUGCUCGAGAGCGAGACGAACGAAGGUUGCAGCAAAAGACUAACCCCCGGGGGAACAUCACGGUUCAGAUCAAUGCAACCGAUAUCUUCAGUCGAUACGAGGAUGAUUACGACGACGGAGGAUUGCUGCCCACGAUCGAAGUCUCGGGAAUGAGCAUGUCGCAGUCCAUCGAAGCUCCAUUGUCUCGCACGGAUACGGCAACGCUUUCCGGGAAUCUGCACCUGCAGAAUGGAGUUGGAAGUGGCAAUUUUCUGUUGUCAGGAAGAAGACUGAUCAAUAAGGGUUGGUUCGAGGUGGACUGCGGGGCCGGCAGUGGCCCAGUGCUGGGUCUUAAAGGAUCCCGAAACCUGACUAACCGAAUUUUUCUAAAUGGUGGCACGACGGUGAAUUUUCGGCAAAACGCAGUCAUUCCGGGGAUUGCUGGCACUCUGGCCGUCCAAUUGGAUAAGCACACGGUUGGCUAUUUAACCUACAAUGCCGGUUUGCAGAGUUCAAUGUCGACCACGAUUGAGCACAAUACCGAAAAGUAUCAUUAUAAUGUGAGUGCUACCCUUGGGAUUCCUCAUUGCUACCUUACUGCCAGUUAUACGAGGAAACUCGUAGAGCAAGAACUGAAGCUAAGGGUGGCCCUAAAAGGUGGAACUUUUGGUUUUCUAGCGGAAUAUGGUGCUGAAAAGAAGGUGUCCAAAUACAGUUCGGUGGUAGCAAGUGUUAGCGUAGGCGUUCCCACCGGUGUGACGUUGAAAAUUAAGAUUAUUCGCUCGACGCAAACGUAUCUGUUCCCUAUUCACUUGAGCGAGGAAAUAAUUCCCGCAGCAAUAUUCUACGCAACCGUGGCCCCUUUACUGACGUAUUUUGUGGUGAAAAAGACCAUCAUCGAUCCAAUGAACGAAGCCGCAAAACAGCGCAACAUUGAAAAGGCCAAAGAAUCUAAUCGAUCUCGUAUCGCCGAAAAACGUAAGGAAGCAGAAUCAGCCAUCGCCCUGAUGGGUGCCAUGUACGAGAGGAUACGAGGCGAUGAACAAAAACGAAAGGGUUUGAUAAUAGUAUCUGCUUUAUACGGAAAGUUCAAUUCCGACGAGAACGUUACAAUCGAACAGCGCGAUGAGAUGGGCUUUGUUCAGCACAACCCCAACGUAAUAGACGUGAGAAUUCCAUUGCAGUGUCUGGUCAAAGAUUCGCGUCUGCAGCUGUACGGCUCGUCAAAGAGCGAACUACCCGGUUUUUAUGAUCCGUGUUUCGGCGAGGAAAAACUCCUGCGAAUUGAUUACGAGUAUCGAGAACACUCCUACAGCAUAACUGUGGCCGAUAAUGAAGACAUCAAAAUUCCUGACAAUGAAAGCAGUAGGAGUCCUUAGGCGCAAAACUUAAUAAUUCGCAAUUGCAGUGAAUAGUCAACUUCCAACUUGUUAUUCAUUACAUAAAAUUUUAAAAAAAUAUGUGAAAGCUUAUUCAUGAAAAUUAUUUGUCGAGGAACACAUGCGUACUACAAAAAAUGUUUUUUGUACAAAGUUAUAAAACUGCCUGGAGAAUAUAGACAUGUUGUAGAUCCCAAUGCAA